AUGGUAGUUAAGGCUACGAGUAAGGGCCCCUACUUCGUAACUGACAGUGAAAAGAUACCAGUUGAACAUGAGAAUGGCAAGUUGAUCUUUUCGUCAAAUUUUCUUUUCAGUUGUCUUCUUGUUGACAAGAAAAUUACAAAUGCAAGAGAUAUGAUCAAUGUUUUGGAUGAUGCCACAAGGGGUGGUUAUCUUAUCUUGACAAUUGCUGAAGACAUUGAGCGGGAAGCUCUUGCCACCUUUGUCUUAAAUAAAUUGAGAGGGCCCUGCAGGAUUGCUGCUCUUAAAGUGCCUGGAUUUGGGGAUUGGACAGAUCUGAAAAUUGAUAGAGCCGCUGAACAUGAAUACGAAGGAAAAGUAAAUAAGAGAAUAGCGAAGCUCUCUGGUGGUGUUGCUGUUAUUAAGGUUGGAGUACAAACAGUGAUUGAGUUAAAAGAGAGGAAGCUGAGAGUGGAAGAUGCAUUGAGUGCUGCGAAGGUAGAAGCAGAUAUUGUCGAAAGGGCCUUGGGCUAUCAAUUGAAACUGAUUGCGAAGGAUGCCGCUGGAGUUGAUGGAAGUGUUGUUACUGACAGGGUGCUGUCCAACUACAGCCCCAAAUAUGGUUAUAAUGCUGCACUGGAAAGUAUGAGGAUUUGAUGGUUGCUGGGAGGGAUGAUCCUACAAAGGGUACUUGCCUGGAACUUGGACAUUUGGUUCUAACAUGACACACUGUGCGGGCACUUGAUUCUUAAACUCAAUCAGUCUAUGUCUAAAAGCUGGUUUUCCUGAUCAACCUUCCAAGAGUGGAUAAAACACUCUUUAACCACCAAAUUGACGGAGAGGAUGAUGCAGAUUUAUAGAAAAAGACUAACGCGCAAAGUUCAUAUCUAAAGUCAUAUUUCAGUGUAAUCUGUAUUGUGAGGAGUUGCAGAACCGGCAGCUACCCCAUGUCAGCCUGUUUUGGAUGCUUUCACUCGAGCAGAUAAUCACCUAAUGAACUCAGCCCUUGGCGCAUAAAUACAACUGCAAAGCCCCAGGAAAAGAACAAAGAUGUCACAAUUGGAUAAGUAUCAGUGGAUGUUGCCGCUUGCCAAAUGAAUGCUGCUGGUUCUCUCAGAAUCUAGGACCCUGAAGAAAGAAAAGAUGAUUAGCUCUCAUUAGUCGUAUCUCGGAAGAGUACGUGUUAAGACUUUGACUGCCAUUCUUAAAUUGAAAAUAACUGUUUUGCUUAUUGUUGACGAGUAGAAAUCUGACACCAGAUGGGGAUUGUUGUGUUACAAAAGGUAAAACUUACUACAAGAAUAUUUCCAAACGCCAUUAAUCGCAAGGCAAUGAUUGUUACAGAAUAGUUGGCCUUUUAUCAAAGUCCAUUUGUGGCCUAGUGCCUAGCUAAAAAGAGAGACCUAUGUUUUCUGUU